GUUUGCAUAUCAAACAGUAUCAUGAUCGUUGGUGCAUCGCUGGACGAAACCGUGCCGGUGCCGUGUCACGUAGCGGCCGAUCCGCUGGACGUGUCGUUUGAUUGGAACUUCUCCAACAGUGGCGAGCGGUUCGAGGUGGCCAGCGGCCAGUUCAAUCUGCUCCAGGACUUCCACUCGGCCGACGGUGGCAUCACCCAGUCACGCUACGACGCAGACGAGGACAACUCAGAAACAAUCUACGAGCUGCUCUACACGCCCAAAAGCGAACGGGAGUACGGUACGUUGGCGUGCUGGGCGAAGAACUCCAUCGGCAAGCAGCUGGAGCCGUGUCUGUUCCAGGUCGUCCCGGCAGCCAAACCCGCCCCGUUGCGCAACUGCACGCUGAGACCGUACUCGACCCUCCUGCUGCCGGCGUCGGUGGCGCACGGGCCGCCGAACGGUUCCGCAGCGUCAGCGGGCACCACCUACUACUCGUACUACGCCGGCGGCGGGCAGCCCCGGGCCCCGGACACUAAUUACAUUGGACCACAAUUCGUUAAAGAUCGGAACGUGCCCGGUCCGGGCCUUCGGCGGCCGAAUGUAACAAAAUUUAAUCAGAAAAAUCCCGGCCCGGCAUCGUCCGGGGCCACGAAACGUCAGCGAAACCGCAGCACCGGCCCCGGGGACGAUGGGUUGGUGCGACUGACGGCCGAAGGAGCCCCCGGAACCGCGUCCAGUGAGCGGUCCGCCAGCUUGCUCAACACCGCCACGGCCAUCCUGCUCGGCGAGAGUGCUUCGGCGAGCGACAUGCUGGCUUUGGAGGCCGCGGAAGGGCGGCCCGCGGCCACCCGGACGCGUCGCCACGCGUCCGCCACCCAUCGCGGCGGCGGCGGUGUCGAUGCGACGCCAAGCGGUGCCAGCGCAGGAGGUCGCAAUCAACUGCAACGCAACCCGGGGGCCGGGGGCGGAGGAAAUAAUUAUCACCCCAACGGGGACGCGGCGGCCGCGGCGGCCAGUGCAGCGCAACUGAGAUCGAAAGCGAUCCGAUCCGGCGGAGUCGGGUUCAGUGCGUCGUCGUACGGUGGUGGCCACCACCAUCACCAUCACUUCAUCGACCAACCGGCGGCGGGCGGUGGCCUCGGGUCGAUGGCCGGCCCACCACCCGGCGGCCUGCCCGAGCUACCCACCAUGAUGGAGCUCGAGUGCGUCGCCGGCUACGAUGGCGGCCUGCCGCAGCACUUCUUCCUCGAAGCCUACGACUCGCGGACGCGCAAAUUGCGCCUCAACAUCACAAGUGCCCUUAACGAUGUGCCGCUCUUCCGCAUCGACCUCACCGAGCUCAGCCCCGGCGACUCCUACACCCCGACCAUGCACCUGAUAGCGUACAGCGUGAACCAGAAAGGCCGCUCCGAGCCGACGAUCCUCGAGGACAUAGCAAUUAAUGAAGCAGAAAAACGGGCCG